UUUAUGAGCCAGAAUUUAUGCACAACACAUCAGAUGCAUACAUUUCUGAAGAUUUCUCUGAAUUCCUGUCACAGCUUGCUUUUUACUGAGAACAUUUACUCACGACUGAAUCUGUUUUCACUGGAGCAGGUCUAAGAAUGAAAGCAUGUUACCACACAAUUCAUCAGAAUACAGUCAGUCGCUACAUAAUUGCAUGGGAGGGGUUACGAUGUCACAUAUUGUAAAAAAAAAAAAAAAAAAAAAGUGGCGCGUGUACAAUGAGGAAAAGGUAACAAUAUACGCUCUCCUACCUCCUGCAUUACACCACAGCUGCACUGAGAACACAUAAGAAACCACACGUACCUAGAGCGAUGGCUUCUUCCAUCAGGUCCCAGGCUGAACAGUGCCUGUGUUCAAUAUGUCAGGAUUUCUUCUCUGACCCAGUAACCAUUCCGUGUGGACACAACUUCUGCAUGGAAUGCAUCACUCAACACUGGGACAGCAGUAUGUGCACGCAGUGUCCCCUUUGCAAGAAGGACUUCCACUUGAGACCAGAUCUUGGCAUCAACAGAGAAUUCAGAGAGCUCAUUGAAGGACUGAAGAGAGGAGAAAGUCCUUUCCAACCUGGUGCAGUACCAUGUGAUGCCUGUACAAAAAUAAAGAGAGGAGCUUUGAAGUCUUGCCUGCAUUGUGAAGGAUCUUUCUGUAAAACUCACCUAGAGCCUCACAACACUGUCGCAAAACUGAAGAAACACAAACUUAUCAACCCUGCGGAGAAUCUGCAAGAUUAUAUAUGCCCGAAGCAUGAGAAGCCACUGGUGCUGUUCUGCAGAGAUGAUCAGAAGUGUGUGUGCCUGUCGUGUUCGACGAAAGACCACAGAACCCACAACACUGUUCCUGUAGAGAAGGAGAGUGAAGAACGGAAGUCUCAGCUAGGGAGAAGACAAGCCGAAGUGAAUUUGAUGAUUCAGAGCAGAAUGAAGAAAAUUGAAGAAAUUAAAUGCUCGGCACAGCUCAGCAUGCAAAGCUCAGAAAAAGAAAAAGCAGACAUUGUCGAGCUGUUCACUAGUCUGAUCCGCUCCAUUGAGAGAUGUCAGUCUGAGCUGCUGGAGGUGAUGGAGCAGAAGCAGACAGCAGCAGAAACACAGGCUGAAGAGCUGAUUAAAGAGCUGGAGCAGGAAAUCACUGAACUGGAGAGAAGAAACACUGAGCUGGAGCAGCUCUCACACACUGAAGAUCACCUGCACCUCCUACAGAUUUAUCCAUCCCUGUGCAGCCCUUUAGACACUAAGAUCUGGGCUGGGAUCAGUACUGACACUCAUCUGAAGGAGGACGCUGUGAGGAGAGCCCUGACAAAGCAUCAAGAAUUCCUCAGUAGUGCAAUGGUGAAGGUUACAGGAACUGAGCUAAAGAGGAUUGAGAAGUUUACAGUGAAUGUGACUAUGGAUCCUGAAACAGCUCAUCCAAAAAUCUCCUUGUCUGAGGAUGACAAACAAGCUGGAUAUGGAGAAACAAGACAGAUUGUCCCGGACAGUCCGUGGAAGUUUGAUACAUGUCCCAGCAUCCUGGGGAAGGAGGGAUUCUCCUCUGGGAAAUUUUAUUUCGAGGUGCAGGUGAAGGGGAAAACUGAGUGGGAUUUAGGUGUGGCGAGGGAGUCUGUGAACAGAAAGGGAAUAAUUACUCUGAGUCCCAGGAAUGGACUCUGGACACUGUGGUUGAGGAAUGGAAGUGAGUAUAAGGCCUGCGACUGUCUGUCUGUCUCUCUCUGUCUGAAAGCCAAGCCUCAGAAGGUGGGUGUGUAUGUAGACUAUGAGGAAGGUCUGGUCUCAUUUUAUGAUGUGGAGUCCAGGUCUCAUAUCUACUCAUUCACUGGUCAGGCUUUCACUGAGAAACUCUAUCCAUAUUUCAGCCCAGGCUUUAAUCAUGGAGAUAAAAAUUCAGCCCCACUGAUCAUUUCACCUGUCGGAAAGAAUACGUGUAUUUUAGCCAAUUAUAACCAUUUGUAAUUAAAAUAAUGUUUUUUUUUUUUGUUUUUUUUUUGCUAGUAAAACAACUUUCUUAAGGUUCCAAUUACAGUAACCUCAAAUAAAGAUGAUCUUUAAACUUGAUGUUUUGUUGGGAAUUUGUGAUGUUUUGGAUUUUUACAUAAUAUUUAAAUGUGCCCCAAGACUUAUGUUCUGCUGUAACAACAUAUUGUGUCACAAUAUAUAGCAAUAAAUAAAUUCAACAAUAUGUU